AUGGCUUCAUUUGUUUCCACCGAUUGUUUUCUUCCCGCACUCAAGCCUCAGCUUGGAUUUCUGAAUCAUGACGGCCAUGAUCGUUCUUGCCGUAGUAUUAAUGUCUUGCGUCUUCGUAAAGCUCCUAAGAGUCCCUUUUUGUUUUCUUCGCAAGCUUUAGAUGUUAAGCCACAUGUUCAGAGCAACGGUCGAUCAUCUUUUUCGCAGACAGCUGCUGUUAAGCAUCUGACGGGAUCUGUUACCAGAACUCAGGGACUCCGUUUCGCUGUAGUUGUUGCACGGUUUAAUGAAAUAAUCACCAGGCCACUCUUGGAGGGAGCUUUGGGUGCUUUCAAGAAUUAUUCAGUUCAAGAUGAAGACAUCGAUGUUGUGUGGGUUCCAGGUUGUUUUGAAAUUGGUGCUGUUGCUACAAGACUCGGAAAAUCAGGCAAAUAUCAUGCAAUAGUAUGCAUAGGAGCUGUGAUACGGGGAGAUACAACUCAUUACGAUGCAGUUGCUAAUUCAGCAGCAUCUGGAGUGCUUUCAGCUGGUCUAAACUCAGGUGUUCCAUGCAUAUUUGGAGUCCUAACAUGUGAGAACAUGGAUCAGGCUAUAAAUCGUGCUGGUGGAAAAUCUGGGAAUAAGGGUGCUGAGGCUGCAUUGACUGCUAUUGAGAUGGCAUCCUUGUUCGAGCAUCAUCUGCAGUAG